CAUGACAGAAAAAGGUUUGAAAACGAAAGAAAGAGAGUGACUUGACCGCUUGUUCUGUCUUGUCAACUUCCCGAGCCUCUUGCUUGUCAAACCGAACGAGAGACCCUUUAUUUUUCUUAUAUCGCUUACAAUAACUUAUUUUGAAGGGUGAGUGAUCUUCUGUUUCUUCAAAACACUGACGCCGUCUGAAACUCCAAAACCCUUCAAAAGCAUCUCUACAUUUUGCCAAUGAGUAACAAGCGGAAGGUUGGUACUAGCAAUCCUUAUAGUUUUCGUCAUGGGUUUCAAAAGGCUGGAUCUGUGGAAACAGCCGUGUCUAGUAACUUAACCAGACAAAAGUGGAUACAAAGCUCUGAAGUUAGAGCUGCACUAGAAUACCUCCGAAGUUUGGAAUCAAAAUCAACUGGGACAAGAAUGUUUUGGAGGCACAAAGCUGAUGGGGAAGGAAGACUUCAACAUUUGUUCUGGUGCGACCGUGGAAGUCGUUCUAAUUAUAAAUUAUUUGGUGAUGUGGUGGCUCUUGACACUACUUAUGCGAAGAGUAAGUACAAGUAUCCACUAGUGGUGUUUUCAGGGGUUGACAACCACAUCCACACAACAAUAUUUGCUAGUGCUAUUAUUGCUGAUGAGACUGAAGAAACAUAUGUGUGGUUGUUUGAACAGCUCAAGGAAGCCAUGGAAGCUAAAUCACCGGGGUUAGUUAUUACCAAUGAUGACAUAGCUUUGAAGAAUGCUAUGAGUAGAGUCUUUCCAAAUGCUCGCCACAGAUUAUGUGCUCAACAAAUCUUACGUAAUGCAAGCAGCAAAGUUGGAGACCCAAUGAUGACCGCAGCAUUAAACAAACUUAUGUCGUCUGAUUGUGUGGCUAGCGAGUUUGAUGGUCAGUGGCAUGAAAUGGUUGCCGAGUAUGGCCUUGAAAACCAUAGUUGGGUAAGAGACAUGUACGAGAAAAGGAAGAUGUGGGCAACUGCAUACAUCCGAGGUACAUGUUUUGUUGGUUUUAAGGCCACUUCUCAAUGUGAGGGGUUGUAUGUUAAAUUUGGGAGGUUGGCUCGUUCUUCUGGUAAUUUGGUAGACGUUUUGCAGCAAUUUCAUCUUGAUUGCCUUGAUGAGUUUCGAUACAAGGAAAGAAAUGCAGAGUUCAAAUCAGUGUUUGGCCGUGAACCUGUGUUACUAACGAUGGUGAAAUCAUUGGAGAGGUCUGCAUCUAGGGUGUUCACUAGGGAGGUCUUCAAGUUAUUUCGUCAUGUGCUUUCAAGGGUAGGCACAAUGAAAGUUACUUAUUACUGUAAAGAAGUGUUGUCAGGUACCUCAGACAUUUACAAAGUGUCUAAAUAUGGUCAACCAGAUAGGAUGUGGUAUGUGGAUUAUUAUCCGCCACAUUAUACUCCGCCAACCUACCAGUUUGUAUGUGAUUGUAAGAAGAUGGAAAAUUUUGGAAUUCCAUGUGAACACAUAGUUCACGUGAUGGUUUAUCUAGGCAUAGCUGAGAUGCCAACAUCUUUAGUACUAAAGAGAUGGGCCAAGCUUGCACAGGUUGUUGUCAAAGGGACCUGUGAUGAUGAUGAUAUUAGUUAUUUACCAGAGCAUUUUAGGGAUCAAAUUGAUAUGUUGAAAGAUGGCAAUAAUGUUAAUUUCAACAAUGAGGACUGGAACAUUAACUUGCUCGUUAACUCUGAUGAAUAUGGAGGCUGUUCUUUAUUGGAAGAUGACGAUGAGGUUAGUUUCAGCAGUCGUGACUGGAAUGUUAAAUUGUUCUCUGACUCUGAUGAUUCUGAUACAAAUGGUAGUCCAUCUUUUAAGAGGCGUGCCCAAAAUAAUGUGGAUGACAAAUGGUGAUUUAGGACGUCGGUUCCCAGUUAAACAUCAGCAUGUUAGAGAUUUAGUUAUGCUUUAUGGCCUCUUCAACAAUGUUAAAGUAUUUAAUGAGUUGUAUUAGCACUUUUCAAAAUGGUCAGAAUCUAGUAGUUCAGUGAGGUCAUGACAUGGUUAUCUGAAUGUUUUUUUUUGUUAGGUUUGUCCAUCUUGAUGAAUACCGUUUCGGGCAUUGAAUCCUUCUGUGAUUUUAUCUCAUAGUGUUUAAGACCUUUGUUGUUUUAGUUUUGAUGGAAAUUGGUAGCGGGCAAUGCAUUCUGUUUGAGACAGAAGAUGUUAACGUAUUAAAUAUAUUUGGAUAUGA